AAAAAACCCCUCCUUUUCUCAAAUUUAUCAUACUAGUUUUGAGAGGGUGAAAACACGAUUCAAAUGCCUCAAAUGGCUCUCCCAAGCCGGUCCGCACAUUCCCAGCCUCUUUCGGGGACGAGAAAUCUUGUGGAGAGCAGGUUGUGGUAUAGGUGGAAAACGUCUUGAAUCUGGAUGAGCAGAGCUCCUCAACUUUCCCCUCAAGUUUGGUGCCAAGAAGGGUUGGGAUGUAGGUCAAAAGUGCACCUGCACUGCAUCGAUGCAGCUGGACCGUAUCAGGUGGGCCCGGAAAAACCACCGCCGGGUUUAUCCGAACCCCCGAGCGGCUGUGGUUGGCUGGCGGGAAAUGUUGUUCUACCAAGGUCCAAGGUCCAAGGCACCUACGCGACAGGUUCCGAUCACCACAAUACAGUGCCAUCCUUCCACUCCUCCUCUUCACACCCACCACAAACCACCACCCGACUGAUCAUUGUCGCAGUCAUUACCCCGAGAACGAGAGCCAGAACGAGAACCACAUACUGCUUUUGCACUACAUCCAUCGCUCAAUCGAGUCCCCUGCCAAUUCACCGCUCACGUCGCGCGUCUCCUUCUCCACCCAUGAUUUGCCGCCAAUAAAUCUCGGUCGACCGCAGCGACAGACAGAUUGAUCGACAUGCCAACGAAGCGCAAACUUGAACAUUUUGACCCCAACAAGUCGGACUCUGCCGAUACAGACUUCGACCCGACAGAGUAUAGAGCCCCAGCGCGCAAGACCUCCAGAAAAUCUACGGCUGGUGGAAAGAAGAACGGAAGAAACGCGCGCAAGCGCACCAAACGCCGUGGGUCCCAGUCAGACGACGACGACAACGAUAGCUUGCUAGAAGAUAUUUCAUACUCAGAUCCCUCUCAAGAGGAAGAGAAAUUCGAGAUGAACGAGAAGACAGGUCGCGCGGUGCGAAAAUCUGCCAAGAAGUCCGUCAACUAUGGAGAAGGCAGUAGUGAAUCUGUCGAAGAGUCGACGGACAGCACGGAUGACGCAAAGCCCAAUAAGAAGCCGCAAGGCAGAAGACGCCAAGUCAUUGACGAUGACGAGGACGAGGCUGAAAGUGAAGGUGAAGGUGAACGGAAAAGGCAAGAGGCUGCAAGCGAACAGGCCGAAGACGAUGAGGCCGGCCGCAGGACCCCUCCAGUGAAGAGCCGUAUCGUGACAUUGAAAAUUAAAACGCCCGCCUUAACUCGCGGUCUUCGCACUUGGGAUUCCACCACCAGACGCACACGAGGAACUUCAAAAGAACAAACCCCCGACCCUGUUCCGGAACCAAUCUCUGCCACUAUGGUGCGAAGAACCAAACGAGCCACGUCCGCAGCCUUGGGCGGCGAACCCACGGAACGAAGAACUACUCGAGCCACAUCUGCAGCAUUGGGCGACGACGCCGUCGUUUACCAGGCCCUUUCCAAUUCUGGUCGUCAUGCCAUCCGAGAUAGCCAUAGUCCACAAGCUGUCGGCCGAAGAGCCACUCGCGGCGCGAAAAGUGUACUGCCAGCUGCUGCGUCUACCAUCAAAGAGGAAAUCCACGACUUGGUUCAGGGCGGCGAGGAUGUUAUCAUGGCUACUGCCACCGAGAUCGCCGGAACCGACGAACGUGACGAAGUCGAUAGCAUUGGGAACCCCGAAGAUCAAACACCAAAUGACGCAGACGCAAACGCAGACGCAGACGCAGACGACGACGACGAUGAUGAUGACGAGGGACCGAUUUCGCGACCCGGCAGAGCAUCUCGACAAGCCGUUCUCGUUGUCUCUGAUAUUCCUGAUGACGACGAGCCAGCUGCUGCCACUGCCACUACCACUGCCAAUGCACCUAGACGACUGACUCGAGGUUCUAAGAAGAAGGAACAAAAGCGGCCUGCCGAUGCUAGCAGCGAUUUUGAACCAGUUGAAGAAUCCCUCGAGGAAGAUAUUUCAGCAUCCGACGCGGACGCAAACAUACGAAAAGGAAGCGAGGAAUCCGGCUCUCAGAGACGUAGUCGUCGUGAUACCCGCGCAAAAUCCAAGAGUACAUCUAGGAGAAGAGCAAGUCCAACUUCUGAAGUAGAGGAGGAGCUCAUUGACCAAGAGGAGCUUGCUGAGGAACUCCAUGAACUUAAAGCUAGCUCGAGAAGACACAGAAGAAGAGUUUCAUCAAACGGCAUUGUGUUCGAGCAAAAGAGCACCCGGGCUAAAAAACCCGUUAACUACAAAAUCAUGCCUAUGGAUCAAGUCUUGGCGUUGGAUGAAGAUGCGCAAGAUGAUGCUCCCACGCCCAACCGCAGAUCAAGAGGAGGUCGAAAUGGUGCUUCUCAGCCAUGGGAGCGCAAUCUUUAUUCUACAUAUGGUCCAUUUGGUGGUGGCGGAGGGCCGCCGCCUGUUAUUGGCGGUCCUUGGGGCACUGGAGCAGCAGGCGGUGCAGAUUCGGAUAGUAGUGACGAGGAGAACAUGGCACGGCCUACGAACGUUGGCGGAAACGUUGGAAUGACCCCGACAUCUGCUAUACCUGGAUUGCUCCCUGGAUUGGCGCAGACAAACCCAGAACCUGCUGCCGCAUUAUCGGGCACCCCCGCAAACUUGGGGAAAGUGAAGAGCCAAAAGGCUUUGGCUGAUGCAGAUCCACUGGGCGUUGAUCAAAACGUUGAUUUCAGCAAGAUUGGUGGUCUUGACGGUCAUAUAGAUCAAUUGAAGGAGAUGGUUCAGAUGCCUCUUCUGUAUCCUGAGCUCUUUAUGAAGUUCCACGUUACACCACCUCGCGGAGUUUUGUUUCACGGUCCACCAGGUACUGGUAAGACUCUUUUGGCCAGAGCUCUUGCUGCUACUGUUGGAUCUGGGGGUCGGAAGAUCACUUUCUACAUGCGCAAAGGUGCCGAUGCACUCAGCAAGUGGGUUGGUGAGGCCGAAAGACAGCUUCGACUGUUGUUCGAAGAGGCGAGAAAAACCCAACCAAGUAUCAUUUUUUUCGACGAGAUCGACGGUCUUGCACCCGUGCGAUCCAGUAAGCAAGAACAAAUUCAUGCGUCAAUUGUAUCGACACUCCUUGCGUUGAUGGAUGGUAUGGAUGGUCGAGGUCAGGUCAUUGUAAUCGGCGCAACGAACAGACCAGACAACAUAGAUCCAGCUUUGCGUCGACCUGGCCGAUUUGACAGAGAGUUUUACUUCCCACUUCCUGAUGUUGCAGCACGAAAAUCCAUCAUCAACAUAAACACCAAAGAUUGGGGAAUUGACGACUCGUUCAAGGAUUCAUUGGCCCACGUCACCAAAGGGUACGGAGGGGCGGAUCUUCGGGCCCUUUGCACUGAAGCAGCACUCAAUUCUAUUCAACGUACCUACCCUCAGAUUUACCAGUGCAACGACAAGCUCAUAGUUGAUCCCGAUAAGAUCAAAAUCACGGCCAAGGAUUUCAUGCUUUCUGUGAAAAAGAUCAUACCUUCCUCGGAGCGUUCGACAUCAUCUGGUGCAGCACCAUUGCCUAAGCGUGUAGAACCACUCCUGCGGGACAGAUUGAGCAUGAUUGAGAACGCGCUAGACGAUUUGAUCCCUAUCAAGAAGAAGACGACCGCACUUCAAGAAGCAAUGUUUGAACAAUAUGACGAUGCCGACCAAGGGUUUGGACGAGAAGCCAUGCAACAAGAAUUCGAGAACUCCCGCGUUUUCCGACCUCGACUCCUUAUUUGUGGUGAGCCUGGAAUGGGUCAAGGCUAUCUCGGCGGGGCCAUUUUGAACCAUUUCGAAGGCCUCCAUGUGCAGAGUUUUGACCUACCAACUAUAUUCAGUGAUUCUGCAAGAGUAGGUUUCUAUUGCACUUAAUUCGUUCUUGAUACUAACACAAACAGUCUCCGGAGACAGCACUUGUACAGCUAUUCGCUGAGGUCAAGAGACACAAGCCAAGUGUCAUUUACAUUCCCGGUGUGGAGACAUGGUAUCAUACUUUGAGUGAUUCGCAGAUGGAUAUCUUUCUUUCUUUGUUAAGAUCUAUUCCUCCUACAGACCCUGUGCUUGUUCUGGGCAUUACCGAGAACAGGGCAGAAGAUGUAGAUCCGAGAGUGCUCACAAAUCUCUUUGGGUUCUCAAGCAAGAAUCGCAUAGAGAUUCAACGCCCCAGCCAGGUUUGUGGUACUUGCUUUCGUUUUUCCAAUAAUGACUAACAGGCUUUAGGAACAACGAGAGGCCUUCUUCUCUACAAUCAUUGAGUACGUGAAGAAGACUCCCCAAGAAUUUCCAGAACCUCUCAAUCGCAAGAAGAGAAAGCUUGAAGUCUUGGAGGUUGCCCCGCUGCCACUGCCAAAGCCACCAACUAAGGAGGAACUUAAAGCUCAAAAGAAGAAGGAUCAUCAAUUACUUAAUAUUCUCAAGGUUCAGAUCCAACCCAUCAUGGACCAAAUUCAGAAGAAGUACCGAAAAUUUAGAACCCCGGCGAUUCAGCAAUCUCAAAUACAAUACCUCAUUGAUGAGCAAGAUCCUAAUUUUGUACGACCCGACAUACCUCAGUUCCGUCCAUAUGAAUUGGAUACGGACAAAAAUGGCAUUAAUGGUUUGCGGGAAACUGCCAGUGGAAAGCUCUUCUAUAACCUUGAGACUACCACUAUUGAAGAGAGGCUUUCGAACGGAUUUUAUGCCCGUCCGAAAGACUUUCUUCAGGAUAUCAAAUCACUCGCCAAAGAUGCCAAGCAUAUGGAUGACCGAGAUCGACUCCUCAAAGCGAACGAGCUCGUUUCCAACGUCGAGGUUGACAUUAUGGGUGUUGAAGCAAUGCCGCAGUUUGCUGAUUGUGAGAAUGUAUAUCAACGACAGCUUCAACGAAGCAAAGAGCGAGCAGAGAAGGAAAAGAUGAAGGAUGCACUGCAAGAUGUUUUCGGAGGUGUAGUUAGGUCUGACAUUCCAGACGCCGAAGCGGUACUUUUGAACGAAACUGCUGCAAAACGUCGAAGAUUGGAGACACCAGUUCGCGGUUCUAGUAGCCUAUCGAAUGGGGUCACUUCCGACCUGGUCACGAAUGGGUCUUCCGCUCAUCCAGGUUAUGAUACUCAGAUGAGUGGCGCAAAUGACCAUUCUCAACCGUUCUCGCAAACCCCGAUGCAUCCUCCAAGUCAGAUGCGUGGUAGAUUGAGCGGGCUUGCACAAAACUCUCAAAUAUCUCAGAGGUCAACCUUCCAGGAAAUUCCCCAUGGAACUUCGCCAAGCCAGUUGAUCAAUGAUGCAUCCACUACCACCUCUGGCAAGAAAACCUCCGAGGGUUGGAGCACGCAAGCGACAAACGGAAUUGCUUAUGGUGCAUUGAACUCGAGUCCAAUAGAUCGACCCCAAGAUUCGCAGUUACCCGACACACAACAAAAUACAUCCCUCAGGCAAAGUCAACAGGGAGCAUCUGAUCCAAGCAGCGAUGAUCAAUGGCCACACUCUCAAGCUCAAGGGAUCGCACGUGGUAUUCUUCAAGGAUUCACGCAAACACCUAGUUCUGGUAGUCAGUAUUCACAGAACCCAGCUGUUCCACCUUUCAAGGCGCCAUCACGAGCAGCCGCUAUCUCCAAGCCAUCAGGGUUUGCGAAUAUUCUCAAUGACUCUCCAGUAGAAGAGAUCCCAUCGUCCCAACCUUCUCAAGAUCCAUCUCAAGAUUUCGUCUCUGAUACAUAUUUUGUUGAAAUGCUACUUGGGUCUCUCAUCAAAGGAAGCAGCGGCUUAAAUGUUGAGCAGUUGGAGCAGGUUAAUCGAGAACUCAUGGAGACAAUUUGGAAGAUGAGGGGUGAAUGGAAUCGAAACAAGGUUGCGGCUACUUUGGUUGAAGUAUUCAAUGAAACGGUCAAGGAUAUUGAGGCGAUGCAGCCAACUCAAUUGCCUUCACAACAGAGCCAAUUGUAAUGAUGGAGGGAACGUAAAUGGGAAUUUCAAGGGUAUAGGAUAUGCGACUGUGAUUGAUGAAAGGGGAAGGAGUGGGAAGCGGAUGGAUAUUGGGUGCCAAAAAUGGGAUCAUUGAUAAGUUUUGUUUGCCUCGCAUGUUCUGAAAGAAAGGGACGUUAGCAUGGAGUACGGAGUUGACAAACAGGCGUUUUCUGCUGGUAGUGAGUGUGCUACAAUAUUGUGUUGAUUACAGGAAAUUCGUUUUUUUCACUACACGCCUUUUGCGAUACCUUAGUUUGUUGUAGUUGGUCCCGAGAAUAGCAUUUCAGUUUCUUCUUUUUGAUGUUGGUUAAUAGUAAGCUUUGGAUGGCUGUAGAUCUUGUGGCCGCCUUUAAUUUAAUGAGGAUUAGCCGUGUACUGUACAUCUUUAGUGAAUUUACUUGUAUCUCUUAUUUGAUUUCGUGUAGGAUAGUGGUAUAGUAGUAGUCAUGAUUAUCCCCAGAGUACUGUACACAGCCGUGUGAGAAUGAUAUCUCAGUGCAACUUCCAACAAUCCAAG